UCUCCUGUUUCCAUCCACUGAUAAAUCAAAACUCCAUUUCAGCCACUUCCUCUCUCUAUCUCUCUCCCACUCUCUCCCAUUUCCUUACCAAGCUAGUUAGCCAUGGCGGUUGCAAUGUCCCCAAAGAUUUACGUACCAGGAAAUGGAGUAUCUCCACUGUACCAGCGUAUGCCCUUUAGCAGUGUUUGCACGAUUCCCAAUGAUAAUGGGGCGGGGUCUGUCUGGCUUAGGUUCGACAGAAAACACAGUAUACGUGCUAAGACAGUAGCUUUAGCUGGUGGAAGCUCCGAUAAGAAUAAUGGUGCUGCGACUGCGGCAGCCGCAACACUGUUGUCAUCUGCAAGCGAUGCUUCUGCUACUCCACUUGCUAGUUCCAAGGUGAAACGCCACACAAUCUCAGUGUUUGUUGGUGAUGAGAGUGGAAUGAUAAACAGGAUUGCAGGGGUUUUUGCCCGGAGGGGCUAUAACAUUGAGUCUCUUGCUGUUGGUUUGAACAAGGACAAAGCUCUUUUUACCAUAGUGGUGUCUGGAACUGAAAAGGUUCUGCAACAAGUUGUGGAGCAGUUGAACAAGCUUGUAAAUGUUAUAAAGGUAGAAGAUCUUUCAAGGGAGUCACAUGUUGAACGUGAGUUAAUGCUCAUAAAGCUUAAUGCAGAUGAUCCAAGCGCAAAAGCUGAGAUCAUGUGGCUAGUUGACAUAUUUAGAGGGAAAAUUGUGGACAUUUCAGAAUACUCCCUGACUGUUGAGAUUACAGGGGAUCCAGGUAAAAUGGUUGCUGUCCAGAGGAAUUUUUCCAAGUUUGGGAUUAAGGAACUUGCUAGAACUGGAAAGAUUGCUUUGAGGCGAGAAAAGAUGGGUGAAAGCGCUCCUUUUUGGAGAUUUUCUACUGCUUCUUAUCCAGAUCUGGAAGGAACAGCUCCUUCACUUACCCCUUUAGUAAAGCCUAAAGGAGCACUUACUGACACUGCCAACACAAUCUCUGGGGGUGAUGUCUAUCCAGUGGAGUCCGUUAAUGAGUUUGCCUUAAAUCAAGUUCUUGAUGCGAACUGGGGUGUUCUCUAUGAUGAAGAUUCAAGCGGGUUUCGAUCUCACACCUUAUCCAUGCUUGUGAAUGACUUUCCUGGAGUCCUCAACUUAAUUACUGGUGUCAUCUCAAGAAGGGGAUAUAACAUUCAGAGUCUAGCCGUUGGUCCUGCUGAAAAGGAAAAGAUUUCCCGAAUAACAACUGUUGUUCCUGGAACAGAUGAUUCAAUAGGCAAAUUAGUACAACAACUCUACAAGUUGGUGGAUCUUCAUGAGGUUGAAGAUAUCACUCACAUGCCAUUUGCAGAGCGGGAGCUAAUGCUGAUUAAGAUAGCUGUGAAUGCUUCUGCUAGGAGAGAGGUCCUUGACAUUGCUAGUAUAUUUCGGGCCAAACCUGUUGAUAUAUCUGACCAUACAAUAACAAUAGAGCUCACUGGUGAUUUUAACAAGAUGUUAGCUCUGCAGAAACUACUGGAGCCCUAUGGCAUUUGCGAGGUGGCAAGGACUGGACGAGUUGCACUAGUGCGAGAAUCUGGUGUGGAUUCUACGUACCUCCGUGGAUACCCUCUUCCAUUAUGAUGAAUCGAUGAUGCUAUUGUUGGGAAGAUAUCUAAUUUAAAUAACCAUGUUUAACUGAAGAUUAUUGAUUUUGCAUUCAUUUUGUCUCUGUAAACUAUAGGUAUGAUAGUUCUUAUGUAGUCAUCUUUUUAGUUUUGUCAAUUUGAAUGAAUGGUUAAAUUGAUUUUA